AUGGACUUCAGCAACCUCAAGGACCAGGUUAGCAACCUGACCUUGUACGAUCUCAAAGCAGGUGUACGCAAGGUACAGAAUGCCGUCAUGAACUAUACCGAGAUGGAGUCCAAGGUUCGGGAAGCAACAAACAAUGAACCUUGGGGUGCCUCGACAACAUUGAUGCAGGAAAUUGCCAAUGGAACACAUAAUUAUCAAUUACUCAAUGAGAUCAUGCCUUUGAUCUACAAGCGCUUUACCGACAAGGCUGCAGAAGAAUGGCGGCAGAUCUAUAAGAGUCUUCAACUUCUCGAAUUUCUUAUCAAAAAUGGUUCGGAACGCGUCGUCGAUGACGCUCGAUCUCACACGUCUCUCCUACGGAUGCUUCGGCAGUUCCACUACAUUGACCAAAAUGGCAAGGAUCAGGGAAUCAACGUGCGCAACCGUUCAUCAGAAUUGGUGAAGUUGCUGGGUGAUGUCGACCAGAUCCGCACCGAGCGCAAAAAGGCCAAGAUCAAUCGCAACAAGUUCGGUGGAUUUGAGGGCGGUAUGGGCGUUGGAAUGUCCAGCGGUAGUGGCCGCUUUGGUGGCUUUGGAAGCGACAGUGGUGGCGGUAGUAUCAAUGGUGGUUAUGGUGGUUACAGUGGAGGUGUCUACGGCGAUGGCGGUGGCUUCGGAGGUCAAACCAAUGAUUUCCAAGACAAUAGCAGCCGGGCAGACAACCGGUUCGAUGAGUACGAUGAAUACGACGAGGGUGAUGCCCCAGUGCGCCGCGAACCCGCUCCGAGCGCAAAGCGGGAAACGAAGAAACCAGAGCCGGCCCCAGCACCAGCCCCAGUGGUAGAUCUGUUUGAUUUCGGCGACGAUGAACCCAUUUCCUCCACUGCAGCUGGAAAACAGCCUGCCAGUGGUGGCCUGGCCAUGCUCGACCCUACUCCCGCCGAUGAUGACGACUUUGACGACUUCCAGUCUGCCACUCCAGCUCCACAAACGUCAGCGCCGGCUUACAACAACUAUUCGAUCCAAGCCCCUGCCUCCACUGGCAGUACGACCGCCAACACUCAAUUCGUAGCGCCAAAACCAGUCUCAGCCUCACAGGGAGCAAACAUCAACGGCUUGGUCGGCUUCACAUCGGCCACCCCCACUCCAACCAGUUCUAUCGCCUCGCCAGUGUCACAGACUAAUCCUAUGGCUCCGAAGCCCACUGGGUUCCAGGCUGCAACUCCAAACUACUUCACCUCAGUUGUCACCAACACCGCCGCACAACCCUUCUCCUCGCAUGUUGCCAAGCCAUCCAUCUCAUCAUCUACCGCCAGCCCCAUCACCGCAAGCAAGCCCGCCGCCAAGGCAUCCGGCGACGCCUUCGGUUCUCUCUGGUCGACUGCCAGUGCCAACGCUGGUAUCGCCAAGGCUAACACCGCUGCAAAGGGCCCUAACCUUGCCAGCAUGGCCAAAGAGAAGGCCAGCGCCGGCAUCUGGGGCGCUCCCGCCUCCUCUGGUGCUGCUCAGUCGCAGCAAAAGUCGAGCGGCUCGGCAUUCGAUGACCUUCUAGGUUGA